AUGAGUGUCUGGUCAUUUCAGAUCAUCUUCUACGAGGACAAGAACUUCCAGGGCCGCUCCUACGAGAGCAGCUCUGACUGUUCCGACCUGCACUCGUACUUCAACCGCUGCAACUCCAUCCGCGUGGAGAAUGGGAACUGGAUGCUGUACGAACGCGCCAACUACAGCGGGCACCAGUACUUCCUGAGGAGGGGGGAGUACCCUGACUUCCAGCAGUGGCUGGGGUUCAAUGACUCCAUCAGGUCCUGCCGCAUCAUUCCCCAGCAUCGUGGAACCUUCAGGCUCAGGAUCUAUGAGAGGGAAGAAUUCAGAGGCCAGAUGAUGGAGUUCUCAGAAGACUGUCCACAAGUCCAUGAAGAAUUUAAUUACCAUGAUAUCAACUCCUGCAAUGUUCUUGAGGGACACUGGAUCUUCUACGAGCAGCCAAACUACAGGGGACGUCAGUACUACCUGAGACCCGCAGAGUACCGGCGGUACACCGAGUGGGGAGCCGUCACCCCUAGAAUUGGCUCUUUCAGAAGAGUUCAGGAAUUAUUUUGA